CGAUGACAGCGCUCUCACACGACACGCACCACACAAAGCGUGUAUUCAUUGCAGUCAUUGCUAUCAUUGCUAUCAUUGCUGUUGUGUUGACCGGCAUUGCGUUCAUUGUAUUUACUGACCACUCAUUCAUCUCUAUUAUCCCGCGAUCACCACUUGACCACCAAUUAUCUUCACACAGACACUUAUAAUGCAAACUCCAGGUGUGAAUGAAGGCGACGGAAUGCCCACCUUUAAGUGCGUUCUUGUGGGCGAUGGCGGCACAGGAAAGACUACUUUCGUUAAGAGACAUCUGACCGGAGAGUUCGAGAAGAAAUACGUCGCCACUCUUGGAGUGGAAGUGCAUCCUCUGGUGUUUCACACAAAUCGAGGGCCCAUUCGGUUCAAUGUAUGGGACACUGCGGGUCAGGAGAAGUUCGGUGGACUCAGGGAUGGCUACUAUAUCCAGGGCCAGUGCGCUAUAAUCAUGUUUGACGUGACCUCACGAGUGACCUACAAGAACGUGCCCAACUGGCACCGGGAUCUCGUGCGGGUCUGUGAGAAUAUACCCAUUGUUUUGUGCGGAAACAAAGUGGACAUCAAAGAUAGGAAAGUGAAGGCAAAGAGUAUUGUCUUUCACAGGAAGAAGAAUCUACAGUACUAUGACAUUAGCGCCAAAAGUAACUACAACUUCGAGAAGCCGUUCCUAUGGUUGGCUCGUAAGCUGAUCGGUGACCCGAACCUGGAGUUCGUGGCGAUGCCAGCGCUGGCGCCCCCGGAGGUGCAGAUGGAUCCCGCGUGGCAGAAGAAGCUCGAAGAGGACAUGAUUCAGGCGCAGAACACAUCACUUCCUGAUGACGACGACGAAGACCUUUAAUUCAUUUCUAUUCACUUAUUCUGUACUCUAUUUGAUUGAAUAUAUCGUCAAACAAUGCUUUUCUCUUAAGAUAAUAACAAAAUUACUUUAUUUUUAAAUACAUUGUGUUUCGCAAUUGAAUUGCAUUUCAAGUGAUUCUCUGUUUAAAUUCACAUUAAAUUUUGUAAUUAUUGUAUGAAUUGUUUUUCUCUCACUUUCCAAUCAAAACCAAAUGUCAUUUCAAUUAAUAGUAGUUUUAAACACUGAUUAAACUCGUUGUCAUCAAAACAAUC